UUUAGGUAAAUUUCUCUUGAAAAAAUCUCAUUUGAAAGCACAACAAAGUAUGUGGUACUAUUAUGAUUCACUACAAUACCAAUGUAAGUUGGAGGGGAUGGUGUACAUUUGGGGUACAGGUUCAAUGUACCCUUGCAUCCCUCUAGCAUUUUUCAUCGAGCAGAAGAAAAUUGAAGUUUUAUCUCUAGAUUUUUGAAGGAAUGGUGACUUCGAAGAAGCGUUGAUCGCAUUGCCCAGGGGUGGAAUUGCCGGACAUCGUUCUUGAGGACUAUUUAGGGGGACUAAGUCUAAGAGGCAUUCGAGGAUAUUGGGUUCCAACACUUCUUUCAAAACCUCAAAGAAACUUGACAGCAACAUGAAGGAGACCUAAUUGUGUAUUCUAAAAAUAUGGUGCAAGAUGGAUAUGCACGAAUCAUGUGAGCUAUUCAGCAAAAGAAAUAGAUCUUGAAACACACAUUGUGUGCUCAUCAUUGGGUAUUUCAUAUGAACCGGUUGUCAACAAACGUCGGUGACUUAUAUUCCUUUUCGAUUCUAUGUUGGGAAUGCAAGGUCUUCAUUAAAUCGUGCUCCUGAAAUUUGAAGAGAAAUCCCAAUAACUAUUCUAUUAAAUGGCAUCGGGAAGGACAAGAACCACACAAAUAUUUAGCUAGAGAAAAUUGGGGUGCAAAUUUAUUGGCUAUUUGAUAUGCAUCUUUAAGCUUACUUUGUUUUUGGUCAGUUCUUUUUUCCCCCCUCUUAAAGGUCAUUUCUAGUCAAGUUUCAUGUUUUGCAUGAGUUAAAUGUUACUCCAUUGGUUGCAGAACAGUUUCCAACAUGCUCAGAGAUAUGCCCAUUGUUAAAUUUUGAGGAAUAAAAAUAAACAUUGGACCCUCUUAGAGGGUCUGGGUGGGUGUGUGCAGGCAGAUGUAAAAAUCGUUUCCAAGAGACACCUAGUGGGUACCCUUUUCUUUUUCGUACUUAAUAUGGGCAACGGUGUGGGUAAACUGAGCGUCUGCUUCACGGGCGGCGGCGACGCCAUCGAAGCGCGGCGGCGGAGGAAUUUCCAAGCGGUGAUGUCCGACCCUUUGGACGACCUGGGCCACUCUUUCUGCUACGUUCCAGACGUGGCGCGUCUCUCCACCUCCAAGGUCCACUCGGAGGAGACGACGGCGCCGUUCCGCUCUAUUUCCGGCGCCUCCGUCAGUGCCAACACCUCCACGCCGCUCUCCACGGCGUUCGUCGACGUGUACUCGUACAACAUCAUCGAUCGGUCUUCUACCUUCGAGAGCUCCACCUCCUUCGCUUCCAUCCCUCUCCAGCCUAUACCCAGAAGCUCUGUUCACUCCGGCCCGCUUCUUGCCUCCGGCGGAUUCAUGUCCGGCCCAAUUGAGAGGGGGUUCUUGUCGGGACCCCUCGAUCGGGGCAUCUUCUCCGGCCCGCUCGAGAAGGGCUCUUCCGAUCAGUUCCGGCGGAGCUUCUCUUAUGGAGGAGGAGGAGGGUUUGCGCUCCGAUCCCGGUCGAGGAAGCGGAAAUUGAUUCGGGUCAUCCAACAAGCCAUCUCGAAAACCAUAAGCCGGGGCCAGAAUUCAAUCGUCGCCCCGAUCAAAGGGUCGGUUCCGAUCACAGAACCCGAUUGGGUUGUCGGGUCGGAGAAGCAGAACGAGUUAACCAUCAGCAGCGAGUGCAGCUUAGAUGACGACGGAGGCCAAAAUCUCCAAUGGGCUCAGGGAAAAGCCGGCGAAGACCGGGUUCACGUGGUGGUUUCCGAAGAACACGGGUGGGCUUUUGUGGGGAUUUAUGAUGGAUUCAACGGUCCGGAUGCUCCUGAUUAUUUGGUCUCCAAUUUAUACCCAGCCGUUCAUAGAGAGCUCAAGGGACUGCUAUGGGAUGAUAAUUUUGAAUCAAGAAUCGCCAAUGCCGAUCAUCUCUGUCUCAAUUUUCAGCCUUCAUAUCCAAAACCCGAACAGUGGAGUCGAACCGUAAAAGAUGAAGUCUUGAGAGAUAGAACAAAUGAUGAUUGCUCUAAAUGUGUUGAGCAAGAGGUGUAUCCUUCCACAAGGGAAGAUUCCAAUUCCGAUCCUAAGUUUAGGAAAAGAAGGGGAAAGAACAGAUACAGGGGUGGAGCUGCCAAGAAAUGGGAGGAGAACCAGAGGAAAUGGCGGUGCGAAUGGGACAGGGAAAGGCUGGAGCUUGACAGGAGGUUAAAGGAACAGUUUAACCGGAACGGGUCUCACGUUUCCGGGGAAAUUAACCACGGUGAUGUGCUCACAGCUCUGUCUCAAGCAUUGAAGAAGACGGAGGAGGCGUAUUUAGAUCUUGCAGAUAAGAUGCUCGUGGAAAAUCCCGAACUAGCUUUGAUGGGUUCUUGUGUGAUGGUAAUGCUGAUGAAAGGGGAGGAUGUUUAUGUGAUGAACGUUGGGGACAGCCGGGCAGUGUUGGCUCAGAAGAAGGAGCCUGAUCUUUGGAGCCAAGAUUUGGAAAGAAUCAAAGAAGAAACACUGCACGAUCUUGAAGGGUUGGACGGGGAUGAAGGGUUGGAUCUUGUUUCGAGUUUAAUUGCCUUUCAGCUCACCACUGAUCACAGCACCUCAGUGGCAGAGGAAGUUGAAAGAAUUAGAAAGGAGCACCAAGAUGAUGCUUCCGCUGUUGUGAAUGGCCGGGUGAAAGGCUCGUUAAAGGUAACCCGAGCUUUUGGCGCGGGUUUUCUCAAACAGCCGAAAUGGAACAAUGCACUUUUAGAGAUGUUCAGGAUUCACUAUGUUGGGACGUCGCCAUACAUAAACUGCGUUCCAUCGCUAUACCAUCACAGAUUGGGAGGAAGAGACAGGUUCUUGAUAUUGUCAUCAGAUGGACUGUAUCAGUACUUCACGAACGAAGAAGCGGUUAUGGAAGUUGAGCAUUUCAUUGCGUGGUCUCCGGAAGGAGAUCCCGCUCAGCAUCUUGUUGAGAAGGUGUUGUUUCGCGCGGCAAAGAAAGCAGGUUUGGAGUUCCAUGAAUUGCUCGAAAUCCCUCAAGGGGAUAGACGGAAGUACCACGACGAUGUCUCCAUCAUCGUUAUUUCACUUGAAGGGAGAAUAUGGAGAUCAUGUGUAUAACUAGGAAUAAUGUGAUGUAGAGAUUUGAGAAGAAAAACUACCAUUUUUGCCCUUGUUCUUUUUUUUUUCUUUUUCUUUUCUUCCCCGUCGUGUCGCCUCGGCAAGCAUGACAAGGAAAGCAGCUCUGGAAACAGGGAGUUGACAUUGUUGUGCAGUGUAGAUGAGGGGGGGAUUGUAAAGGUGUAAAUGCAGCUGCAUUAUUAAUCUGAAGUCCUACCAAAUGUGCUGUCAUAGAAAAUCAAAAUCUUUCUCUAAUAAAAGACUUCCUCUAGA